AUGGAUUCAGUGUGCAUUUUUUCAAGCUGGUCAGGUAGCGAAUCUGGUCUUAGAGCAACAAUAUGGCUUUGUGCGUUUGCUAAUUUCAUCAACAGUGCAGAUAGGGUAAUAAUGCCUAUCAGCAUCACUGGCUUAGCUGAAGAGUAUGGUUAUGAUCUUAUACAGCAAGGUUGGAUCCACAGUGCGUUUCCUGCUGGUUACAUUAGCUCGCAGGUGAUCGGAAGCUGUGCUGGUUCACAGCUGGGAAAUCGGCGGCUUUUGUUUUUCGUUGUUUUGCUGUGGUCUUUAAGUACGCUGCUGACUCCUUUCGUUGCUCCAUCGUAUCAUCUUCUUAUAUUUAUUCGAGUUGUUCUUGGCUUGGGCGAAGGACUUGGUUUACCAACCAUGUACCAUAUCUUGGCAGAAUCCAUACCUGUACAGCGUCGUUCAUCUGCAUUCUCAUACCUUGCUGCUGCAGGUUCUGUAGGACAAACAAUCGCUGCGAUAGUUUGCCCUCAUUUAGAAUGGCGCAUUCCAUUUUAUGUAUUUGGAUGCAUUGGUUUUUACUGGUGUAUUCUUUGGCUGAGAUUCACCGGAAGAUUACUGUCGGAGGCAACAGCUGAGCCUGUUUUACUUUGUCAAAAGAUGAAGCACUCGUUGCGAUCUUGGGAAAGAUUUAUUAUUCUUUCCCCACUGCUUGCCAUUUAUUUUGCUCACUUUUGUAUGAACUGGACAUCUUACGUUAUAAUGCACUGGUUGCCAACUUAUCUUCGUAGAGUUUUUCGAGCAGAUCCUUCUGGGAUUUCAUUGGCUGCAUUGCCGUAUCUGGCAAACAGUCUUUUUGCAGUUGGCACCGGCCACGUUGCUGACUUCUUGAUCACGGGACGUAAGUUGUCUCUGAGAACAGUCCGAGUUCUUUCUACUGCCUUUGGACUGAUCCUACCUGCACUCUUUAUGUUUGCGUUUGCUUUUGUGAGAAACCUUUACUCUGCAGUUUUCCUUGUUUCUCUGAGCAUGGGCUGUCUAGCAUUUAACUCUGCUGGUCAUUUGAGUAAUCACGCAGAUGUCGCUCCUAAGUUUUCUGGAAUAACCUUCGCUGUGUCAAAUACAAUUGCAACAUUGCCGGGUCUUACAGUUGGUCCAUUGACGGCAAGGUUGGUAGUUGAUUCGUCAGGACGAUGGUGGCCUUCGUUUGUCAUUGCAGGAGUACUGAAUUUUGUUGGAGCUAUUGUUUACGCAAAUUAUGCAGCUGUUAAACAAGUGGUUUGA